CUAUGCCGGCAAAAGUGGGCGCCUUUAAAAUGUGCACACAGAGUAAACAGAUUUAUUCCUAUAUGAUGAAAGUCCCGGCGACAUCCGUCGCCCGUAUGUGCGGAAUAGGCUUCGCUUUCGGGGCUAUCCUGUCGGAAAUUGCCGAUUUAGCCUUAGCGCCACACCUGGCUCCGCCCAAUCCCGACCACAACAUCCUGGAGUACAUCGGGAUUAUCAUGGCCGGCCUGGGUUUCCUCACAGAAUUCUGGAACCUAACGUGCCACGGGCGGCCGCUGACCCGGGCCAUCGGGACCCUCCUAGCCAUCGUGGCCACCAUGGGCAUCGCGCUGCUUCUCGUCCGCUCCGUCCUGUCGGCCGUGGCGCUCUUCCACUACGAAGCCGCGCCCCCGGAGCCCGAUUUCCAGCUGUCCCGGUGGUUGCGCACUGAGGAGAAACGCCGGCUGGAGGAGCGCGCCCGCCGUCUGGGCAGUAUCCGGGUGGUAGCCGCUACCUUCUACGGAUUACUGUACUGCACGCUGAUGGAAUCGCUGCUGCAAGUGUGCUGCCGGGCGGAAAACGGGAGUCCGGCCGCCGGUCAGGAUAUGUUGUGGGGCGGCGUCCGCACCUCGACGCAGUAUACGCCGGUGACUCAGCGCUCGGUGACGACGGAGCAGGCGUCCAUCAGCGAGCAGGUUUCCGUGUAACCUGCAACGCAAACAUGAGGUGUAGAUGGUGACCGUUGAAAGUUUGAGCUGAAUGUGACAAUUCUUAUUACAUCUUAGCCGUGACCUUUACGCUGCCUCAGCACUAAUGGGAAAAUACAGUAGUUUCGCCGAAAAACAAAAUGUAGCACAGUUGUUAAUGGUGUACAGUUGCUUGUGGCCUUUGUAAGUUUGAGUUGAAAAGUGACCUUUAAGAAGAGCGCCUGUGUGUUGUCGGUAGACUUCUGAAAUGACGUUUUGGACUGCUACACACAUGUGUUUAAAUUCAUAUGCAAUCACGGGUGUU